UAAACCGAAUUCACAUAGAGAUUUACGAUAAUAAUUCUGAUUUAUUUAAAAUAUAUAUGUUGAGCCGUCUAGAAUUUCUACAUAUGCUUAUAAAUAAACCAAUUUCUUAUAGAGCUGCCUUAUUUAGUUUGAAAAGCAACACAAAUUCACCAAAAACUAGAAUUUCAUAUUUAUUAAAUCAUAGGCAUUUAUCUCAAAAUAUUGAACCACAUAAUAUACAAUUACAUGAUGACAAUAUAUCAAAUGAUUCAAUAAUUAAAGAUGUAUCCAAUAAAAUCAUAGCUUGUAACAAAUUAACCCAUUCAAUUUAUCCUAUAUUCGCAAUCAUAUAUCUUUACGGGGAACAAUACAAAAUAACCAAUUAUGAUAUUAUCAGAUGCCAUGGGUUUUUACCUGCACAAAUGGGUGAAGUUAUAAAAUUAGAUAAAGUUUUAGUCAUGGGUGGGAAAGAUUUUAGUUUAUUUGGCAGGCCUUUCUUGCCUAGUGAUAUGAUAAACAUAACAGCAACAGUUAUUGAAAGAGGCUUAACACACAUGUAUACAGAUUUUAGACACUGGAAAAAACCAUUUUCUAAAAGUAGAAUGAGAAUAACGAGGUACAACCGAACGGUUCUAAGAAUUAACAAUCUAUCAUUGAAUUAUACUCCUGAACAGAUGGCCGCACAAGAAAAUUAUCUUAAUGAAUGAAAUGUUUUUUUUUAUUCAUGAAAGUUUGUAUAAUAAAAUUAUGUGAU